CCCGACCCGAGCCAACCACCCCGCAGCAGCCCAAAACCCCCUUCCGCAGCCAAAUCGAGGUCUCUCCCGUCGUCGCGUGCCGAAUCCCACCCCAAGCCCGGCCGGCCGCGGCAUCGCAUCGCAUCGUGCGGAGCGGAAGAACCGAGGAAGAGAUGGCCUCGGCGUUGUCCUCCCUGCGCUACGGCGACAGCCUCUCGGUGGUGGCCAUCUCCGCCGCGACGGCCGUGCUCUGCGAGGCCAUCUCUUGGCUCCUCAUCUACCGCACCGCCACCUACAACUCCCUCCGCGCCUCCAUCGAGCGCCACUCCCGCAAGCUCGACGCCAUGAAGUCCGGCUCCAACUCCUCCUCUUCCUCCGGCGCUGGCGCCUCCUCCUCCGCGCAGCCUGCCUCCUCGCGGGCCAAGAAGAUGGACCGCGUCGAGACCAGCCUCAAGGACGCCGCGCGGGAGCUCUCGCUCGCCAAGCUCAAGUCGGGCGCCGUCGUCGCCGCCGUGCUCUUCGUCGUCUUCGGCCUGCUCAACUCGCUCUUCGAAGGACGCGUCGUCGCCAAGCUGCCCUUCGCGCCCGUCCCGCUUGUCCAGCGGAUGAGCCACCGCGGCCUGACGGGGAACGACCCCACCGAUUGCUCCAUGGUCUUCCUCUACUUCCUCUGCUCCAUGAGCAUCCGCACCAACCUCCAGAAGCUGCUCGGCUUCGCGCCACCACGCGCGGCGGCCGCGGCAGGCGGGGGGCUCUUCCCCAUGCCCGAUCCGAAAGUAAAUUGAGCUGCGUUUAUCACAACCUCAGGCUCGUCCUUGAGAAGACUGAAUAUGAAUGAAUGAAGAAAUAGCAUGGUCGCUUAGGGAAUAAGCGUAUCCAAUUCAUUUUCCACAACUCACCAGUUUGCUGUUGCAUCCUCAUCUACAAACUUGAGGCUUGAAUAUUUAUUCCAUAGACUGAACAAUGAGCAUGAAUACCUGCUGCCAGAGAAUGUAAUUUGCAGCCGGUUUUCGAACUCUACAGUAUUUUCCCGGAUCUAUGGCAGACGACGACAUGCACUUCUGAUA